UUCUUGAUUCACUUCUACAAGAGAUAAAAAUGUAGAAUACAAUUAGUUUUUCUCUGUGUAUCUAGAGUCUAGGAAGACGAGAUGGAUUCGACGGAGGAGCCGGUUGCUGGGAAGACUAAAGUUAGAAAAAGAUAUGAUAUCCCAAAAACUGCAAAAUGCCAUGUUUGCGGUGAUUUGGCAGCAGAACAUCUUCAUUAUGGAGGGAUUGCCUGUUACAGCUGUAGAGCAUUCUUUAGGCGGACAGUUAACAGUACCCGACCAAUGCUGGACUGUUCCAAUGGUGAUAACUGUACUAUAAACAAGGAGACUAGGAAACGUUGUCAGUCCUGUAGAUUCGAUAAAUGCAAGGCAGUUGGUAUGAAAUCUCUGUGGGUUCUAUCAGAGGAUGAUAAAUCCAAGUUGUCCGGAUUAACUGAUUCUAUAAAGCAGAACCCAGCCAAGGAGAUCACUAUAAAGAAGGAGGAGAUAGAUGAUGAAAAUGAGACAAAUUAUCCUUCCAACUCCAACAUGCAAGGAGUUGGAAUGUCAAAUAUAUAUAACCUGCCUUUUCUGGGACAGGGACAAUAUAAUCAGCUAGGGUUUUCACACAAUAGCAGGUUGGUUGGAGGGGAACCCUCAGUGUUCUCUGGUAGAAGUAGCAUCUCUGGAAGUAUGUACUCCGGGAAAAGUGGAAGCGUGUUUCAUGGAAAUAAAGACGACCUUUUAUUUCCCGAGCACAUCAACAAAGAUGACCUUUUUCAACCAGACCACCAACCCCCACAG